AUUGAAAAGUAUGCUUGUGCCACGAAAUAAAACAACACCCAUCGUCAACCUGCUGCUUUGUAGUUGCUCAACUACAGAAACUUUAGGUGAGAGCAGGGAACUGCUAUCUCGACGAUUUCAUUAAUGGCGUUCGUUGGGUUUAUUGGCUUGGACGAUUUUAGCCUCGAAUUGGCUACUUCACUAAUCCGCGCCGGUUACAGAGUCAAAGCUUUUGAGAUAAAUCAGGCCUGGACAGAUAAAUUUUUGAAGUCAGGCGGAAUAAACUGUGCCAGUAUCGUAGAGGCGGGGGAAGAUGUUGCAGCACUGCUUAUAUUGAAUAGUCAUUUGAACUUGAUUAAUGAUUUAUCUUUUGGUGAUGCUCUUAGAGGGUUGCAUAAGGAUGUUGUUGUUGUCCUUGUCCAUUCAACUCCACUGGGGAAUGAUGUCCAGAACUUGGAGAAAGUUUUUACAGUUGAUUACGAGAUACACAAUCUUGUUGAAGCAUAUGUCUUUAAGGGUGUUUCUGAAGCUCUGGAUGGUCAGCUCAUGACAGUAACCUCUGGAAGGGCAGCUGCAAUUUCUAGAGCUCGACCUUUUCUAUCAGCUAUGUGUGGAAAGCUUUUCAUUUUUGAAGGUGAAGUUGAUGCUGGAAGUAAAACAAAUAUGGUAAUUGAUCUCCUUAAAGGAAUUCAUUUUGUGGCUUCGCUGGAAGCUAUUUCCCUAGGUAUUAAAGCUGGAAUUCACCCCUGGAUAAUCUAUGACAUUAUUUCAAAUGCUGCUGGGAAUUCAUGGGUUUUCAAGAAUUAUGUUCCCCACUUGUUAAAGGGUGAUAUUAGACCUGAGUUUUUGAGAAGUUUGGUUCAAGCUAUGGGGAUUGUCAUGGAUAAGGCCAAGUCACACACUUUUCCUCUUCCGCUCCUAGCAGUUACUCAUCAGCAACUUAUGUUGGGUUCUUCUCACGGCUAUGGAGAUGAGGAUGACUUGUUAGAACAGGUCACUUUUUCACAGGAAUUUCUGGCAUGGAAAAACGCAUAUGGAGUAAGUAUUUCAGAUGCAGCUAAUGCAGAAGUUUACAGCCCCGAGCAACUAGCCAAUGAAAUAACUUCUAAAUCAAGUUCUGUUAAUCGAGUGGGUUUCAUUGGUCUUGGUGCAAUGGGAUUUGGCAUGGCAACUCACCUUAUCAGAUCAGAUUUUUGCGUGAUUGGUUAUGAUGUGUUUAAACCAACCCUAGCAAAAUUCACUAAUGCUGGUGGCUUGAUUGGAAAUUCGCCUGCAGAAGUUAGUAAAGAUGUUGAAGUGCUUGUAAUUAUGGUGACAAAUGAAGCACAAGUGGAGAGCGUUCUGUAUGGGGAAGCUGGGGCUAUUUCUGCCCUUCCAUAUGGAGCUUCGAUUAUUCUAUCAUCUACAGUUUCUCCUGGAUAUGUGAGCCAACUAGAACAACGCUUGGGAAACGAGGGCAAAAGUUUGAAAUUGGUUGAUGCUCCCGUUUCUGGUGGUGUUCAAAGGGCCUCAAAGGGAUCCCUUACGAUAAUGGCUUCUGGGACAAAUGAAGCUCUUAGGAGCGCUGGUUCAGUCCUCUCAGCCUUAAGUGAGAAGCUUUACGUAAUUAAAGGAGUUUGCGGGUCAGGAAGUGGUGUGAAAAUGGUCAAUCAAUUGCUUGCUGGAGUUCAUAUAGCAUCGGGUGCAGAGGCAAUGGCAUUUGGAGCUCGACUUGGUCUCAAUACUCGAAUUUUAUUUGACGUCAUCCUAAAUAGUCAGGGAACGUCCUGGAUGUUUGAAAACCGAGUUCCUCAUAUGCUGGACAAUGAUUAUACACCAUACUCUGCACUUGACAUCUUUGUGAAAGACCUGGGCAUUGUUUCUCGGGAAUGUGCAUCUCAUAAAGUUCCUCUACACUUAUCCGUGACUGCACAUCAAUUGUUUCUGGCAGGUUCUGCUGCAGGUUGGGGACGUCAAGAUGAUGCUGGAGUAGUAAAGGUUUAUGAGACGCUUGCAGGUGUCAAGGUUAAAGGAAAGCCUUCCACUCUUAAAAAAGAAGUUGUAUUAAAUUCUCUUCCACCUGAAUGGCCGGAAGAUGUAAUUGCUGAUAUUCAACAACUAAAUGAAAGAAAUUCAAAAAUUUUGGUUGUGCUGGACGAUGAUCCUACAGGAACCCAAACUGUUCAUGAUAUUGAUGUUUUAACUGAAUGGAGCCUUGAUUCACUUAUUGAGCAAUUUCGUAAAAAUCCCAGAUGCUUUUUUAUAUUGACCAACUCAAGGUCACUGAGCUCUGAAAAGGCGGGGGCAUUAGUUGAACAAAUCUGCGUUAAUUUACGUGCUGCAACUGAGAGUGUCGAGCAUAGUGACUACAUGGUAGUUUUGAGAGGUGAUUCAACCUUACGAGGUCAUUUUCCCGAGGAAGCCGAUGCUGCUAUGUCAGUGUUAGGUGUAGUGGAUGCAUGGAUCAUCUGCCCAUUCUUUUUCCAAGGAGGCCGUUACACUAUUGACGAUAUACACUAUGUUGCAGAUUCUGAUGAGCUCAUUCCUGCAGGGGACACUGAGUUUGCAAAAGAUGCUACUUUUGGUUAUAAAUCUUCAAAUCUGUGUCAGUGGGUAGAAGAGAAAACAGCUGGACGCAUACAAGCUGGCACUGUUGCCUCCAUUUCUAUUCAACUUUUAAGAAAGGGUGGGCCAGAUGCUGUUUGUGAGCAUCUAUGCAGCUUAGAGAAGGGAAUGACAUGUAUAGUUAAUGCCGCUAGUGAAAGGGAUAUGGCCGUCUUUGCAGCUGGAAUGAUCAAGGCAGAAAUGAAGGGCAAGAAUUUCUUAUGCCGUACUGCUGCCAGUUUUGUAUCAGCCAGAGUUGGGAUCACUCCAAUAGCUCCUCUUUUGCCAAAGGAUGUUGGAAUCGAUAAAGAGAGAAAUGGUGGUCUUAUAAUUGUGGGUUCAUAUGUUCCAAAAACUACUAAACAGGUUCAAGAGCUGAAGUUGCGAUGUGGCCCAUUUUUAAGAUGUAUUGAGGUUUCUGCUGUUAAACUUUCCAUGAGUACAGAGGAAGAGAGGGAGGAGGAAAUUAGAAAAGCAGCUAUGUUUGCAGAUAUUUAUCUCAGGGCUCAUAAAGAUACUCUCAUUAUGACUAGUAGAGAACUUAUCACGGGAAAAAGUCCUCUGGAGAGUUUAGAAAUCAACGUCAAAGUAAGUGCGGCACUGGUGGAAAUAGUUCAAAGGAUUACUACAAAACCGCGCUACAUCCUUGCAAAGGGUGGAAUUACCUCAUCAGACAUUGCUACAAAGGCUCUUGAAGCAAAAUGUGCUAGGAUAAUUGGACAGGCCCUUUCUGGGGUUCCCUUGUGGCAACUAGGCCAUGAAAGUAGACAUCCUGGAGUUCCGUACAUUGUUUUCCCAGGUAAUGUUGGAAGUAGUGAAGCACUAGCAGAAGUAGUCAGUACUUGGGCUCUUCCUGCCAGACUUUCCUCUUCAAAAGAGAUUCUUCUUAGGGCAGAACGAGGUGGGUAUGCAGUGGGAGCUUUCAAUGUCUAUAAUCUGGAAGGAGUUCAGGCUGUUGUUGCUGCUGCUGAAGAACAACACAGUCCCGCCAUAUUACAGAUCCAUCCGGGUGCCUUAAAGCAAGGAGGGCUCUCUUUGGUUUCAUGCUGUAUUGCUGCUGCUGAACGAGCCCAUGUACCCAUUACUGUUCACUUUGAUCACGGAAAUUCAAUGCAAGAUCUGUUAGAAGCUGUUGAAUUGGGAUUUGAUUCAGUAAUGGCAGAUGGUUCACAUCUUCCAUUUAAGGAAAAUAUUGCCUACACUAAGUUCAUUUCUUCCUUGGCUAAAUCAAAGAACAUGCUAGUGGAAGCUGAACUUGGAAGAUUAUCAGGAACAGAAGAUGACUUGACUGUCGAAGAUUAUGAAGCAAGGCUGACCGAUGUUUCGCAGGCUCAACAGUUUAUUGAGGAGACUGGUAUAGAUGCUCUAGCAGUGUGCAUUGGUAAUGUCCAUGGAAAAUAUCCACCAGGCGGCCCGAAUCUCAGACUCGAUCUGCUCAAGGACUUGCAUGCUUUGACCUCAAAAAAAGAAGUCUUGCUGGUGCUGCACGGAGCUUCAGGUUUGCCUGAGAGCCUCAUAAAGGCUUGCAUCAGGGAUGGAGUGAGAAAGUUCAACGUAAACACUGAGGUUCGGAAAGCAUACUUGGAUUCGUUGAAUAACCCCAGCAAAGAUUUAGUCCAUGUGAUGGAAUCAGCCAAAGAAUCCAUGAAAGCUGUGAUUGCAGAGAAGAUGCAUCUAUUUGGCUCUGCAGGAAAAGCAUUCUGAGUUGAACUAUGAUGCUCUUUCCUUCUAUUUAAACUGAACAAUCAAACUACAUACUGCAUAGCAUGUAGUUAAUAAAUGGUUAUCUGUAACUUCCAUUUAACUUGUAACUGAUUAUCUUAUUCUUUUUCCUCCAAAAAUAAAAAGCAUUCCAAUGUUCGUCUUUUUUUUAAAAAAAAAAA